CGUUAGGACUGGCAGGCAACAUGGGGACCGGUUUCUACAUGAGUAAAGCUGUCGGGGUCCUGGGGAUCAUCGCGGGGGUGGCGGCCCUGUCCACUAUCAUUGCUCUCGCUGUGGUUUACUCACAGGAGAGAUCCAAAAACAACAAUGAGAAUGAGAGUGGAGGAACAACUACUGUGAAGCCUCCCGUCACACCUCCACCGUCUAACGAACCGUGGGACCAGUACCGGCUGCCAAAGACCCUGGUGCCUAACUACUAUAUUGUGACUCUGUGGCCACGACUGACGCGAGAUCCAACUACAGGCCUGUACAUCUUUACUGGUGACACGCUGGUGGAGUUUGAAUGCGUUCAAGAGACGGACCUGAUUCUUAUCCACUCCAAUAAGCUGAACUACACCAUGACGGACGGGCAUCCGGCCACGCUCGCCUCCGUUGGCAGUGCAGUCGGCGCACCCUCCAUCAAGUCUUCCUGGCUCCAGACGGUCACCCAUUACCUGGUCCUGCAGCUGGACGCUAAACUAGUGAAAGGUCAAAGGUACCUACUCCACACCAAGUUCACCGGAGAGCUGGCUGAUGACCUGGGAGGUUUUUACAGGAGUGAGUACAUGGAGGACGGUGUUUUAAAGGUUGUUGCAACCACCCAGAUGCAGCCGACAGAUGCGAGGAAAGCGUUCCCCUGUUUUGACGAACCGGCGUUGAAGGCUACCUUCAACAUCACUCUGUUGCACCAACAAGGAACUGUAGCUCUGUCCAACGGCAUGGAACUCGAAACAACCAACGUCACAAUGGAUGGCCAACUUGUACAGAAGACAGUUUUUGCACAAACUGAGAAGAUGUCCACCUACCUGCUGGCAUUCAUCGUCAGUGACUACGACUUCAUCAGUGAAAAUAUUGGCGGUGUUUUGAUCCGCAUCUUUGCCCGCAGGCCUGCUAUUGCUGCUGGUCAGGGACAGUAUGCCCUCAAUGUAACCGGACCCAUCCUUAAAUUCUUUGAGGAUUACUACAACUCCUCCUACCCCCUACCCAAGUCUGAUCAGAUUGCUCUUCCCGAUUUCAACGCUGGAGCCAUGGAGAACUGGGGCUUGAUCACAUACAGAGAGACGGCACUGCUCUACGAUAAGACCUUCUCCUCCAACUCCAACAAGGAGCGAAUCGCAACCAUCAUCGGUCAUGAACUGGCUCACAUGUGGUUUGGUAACCUGGUGACACUGCGGUGGUGGAAUGACUUGUGGCUGAACGAAGGCUUUGCGUCAUAUGUUGAAUCUCUGGGGGCACAUCACGCUGAACCUGACUGGAAUGUGAAAGACCUCAUCGUGCUCAGUGAUGUCCACAGAGCGUUUGGAGUUGAUGCCCUGGCCUCAUCUCACCCCUUGUCCUCUAAGGAAGAGGACAUCCAACGACCAGCACAGAUCAGUGAGCAGUUUGACGCCAUCUCGUACAGCAAGGGAGCAUCUGUCCUCAGGAUGCUGUCAAACUUCCUGACUGAAGAAGUCUUCACAAAGGGACUCAGGACCUACCUAAAAACGUUUGCUUAUGGGACUGCCGUCUACACAGACCUGUGGGACCAUCUACAGGAGGCCGUCACUGCCAGUGGUACCCCUCUGCCUCAAAGUGUCCACAACAUCAUGAACACCUGGGUGCUCCAGAUGGGCUACCCUGUGGUUACCAUCGAUACCGCUACUGGUACCGUUUCCCAGAAGCACUUCCUCCUGGACCCAGACACUCCAGUCAACGCUCCGUCCCCCUAUAAAUAUCAGUGGGUCGUCCCGAUAGAAUGGAUGAAGACAGGAGUCAUUCAAACAACAACCAAGUGGCUGGAGAAAGAAACAGAUACAUUUACUGAGAUGAAGGUAACGGGGGGCGACUGGGUGGUGGCCAACUUAGACACGGAGGGUUACUACAGGGUCAACUAUGAUGCAGCCAACUGGGAGAAGCUGCUGUCUGUUUUGGACACCAACCGCGCGGCCAUCCGGGUGAUCAACAGGGCUCAACUGGUGGAUGAUGCCUUCAACCUGGCCAGAGCGAAGAUCAUCCCCACUAUUCUGGCCCUCCGUACCACAAAGUACCUGAUCAAGGAGAGUGAAUACAUGCCGUGGCAGUCAGCCCUGAACAAUCUGGACUUCUUCUAUCUCAUGUUCGACCGCAGCGAGGUGUACGGCCACAUGCAGAAUUAUCUGAAGACUCAGGUCACCCCUCUGUUUAACUACUACAAGACGCAGACAGGAAACUGGGCGAACGUGCCCGAGGGACACAUGGACCAGUAUAAUCAGGUGAAUGCCAUCCGCCUGGCAUGCAGGACGGGCCUGACGGAAUGCAAAACUCUGGUCACAACAUGGUUCAAACAAUGGAUGGACACGGACAUCAACCGCAUCCACCCCAACCUGCGCUACACUGUGUACUGCAAUGCCAUUGCAGCAGGUGGUGCUGCGGAGUGGGACUUUGCCUGGUCACAGUUUAGAAAUUCCACCAUUGCUAGUGAAGCUGAAAAACUCCGCUCGGCAAUGGCCUGCACCAGAAUACCCUGGCUGCUGAACAGGUACCUGACUUACACUCUGAAUGCGACUCUGAUCCGGAAGCAGGAUGCCACCUCCACCAUUAUCUACAUAGCUGAAAACGUGAUUGGCCAGCCUCUGGCAUGGGACUUUGUCAGAGCUCACUGGUCAUACAUCUUCUCUGAGUACGGCGGUGGGUCAUUCUCCUUCUCCAACCUCAUCAACGGAGUCACCGAACGUUUCUCCACUGAAUUUGAGCUUCAGCAGCUGAGGCAGUUCAAGUCUGACAAUGCAGAAGUGGGAUUUGGCUCGGGGACGCUGGCCGUGGACCAGUCCAUUGAGAGAACCCAAGCCAACAUGAAAUGGAUCACAGAGAACGGGGACAGGGUUCUGAAAUGGUUCCAGGAUCAAGCCUAAGGCUAACACAGAAUUUCAGCUUUUAUUAAUAGUGAACUUGUUUAAGUGAGACUUUACAGUUUAAAGGGUAUUUACCUUUUUAAUUAUCAAUGCAUAAUUUUCCCAGUUGAAUCAACUGGCACCCUGACUGUGUGUCUGAGCCGUAGCUGUGAUUCAGUUUGGUGAAAGCUGCAAUGGGAAGAGUCCCUGAAAGCAGAAUCACAAACAGCAUUUGAGAAGUGAGAUCCUUAGUAUUUAAAAGAAGAUGUUAUUUCAUACUUUUCUGAAAUUGCUAAAAUAUUUUUUACAAAUGUUUGAUAAGCAAAACAUGUGCACAGCUUGUUAUCAUAAUUGAUUUUGUGUCCUGUGUGUGUGUGUGUGUGUGUGUGUGUGUGUGUGCCUGCGUGCGUGCGUGCGUGCGUGCGUGCGUGCGUGCGUGCGUGCGUGCGUGUGUGUUUUAAUAAGUGUCAUUCUAAUUGUUCUAGGAUUAUAUUGUUAUUAUUCUUUUUUCUUUUCUUUUUUGCUAAACCUUGAUUUGGUUGAAGACAUUGCUUUAUUUAUUGAUGAAGUGUAUGGUUAUGAACGCUGUCUCCUCUGAACAUCAUGUCAGCCUGAACCAACAUUUUUGUUUGUUUGCUUGUUUUUGUUUUGUUUUUCAUUUUGUCCCUACAUGACAUUCCUGAAAUUAAAAGUGGUCCUGGUUCUUG